AUGGCGGCCUCUUAUUUCUCGCCAGUAUCGUUGGACGACUCUGUAACCGCAGUAAAAGAGCCUUCCAGAAAAGCUUACGCUCAAGGCCGAGAUCCCGACCUCCUCCGGGAACAACUGUCUGCUCUGCUUCAGAACGAAUCAUCCUGGGCAGUUGCAAGUAUUCCUUGCCAGAAAGCCUUUAUGGUUGGAAUAGAAGCGAAAGCGAAACCUCUAGGUGACUGGCGGCGAAAGAUCUGCCAAUGGAGUUACCGGGUGAUUGAUCACUUUCGGAUGGAUCGGGAAGUAGUUUCAGUCGGUAUGAAUCUAUUUGAUCGCUAUCUAGCUGCCGGCUCACCUGCUUCAUCGAGUCAGAAUAAAACACGCUUUUACUGCCUUUGCCCGACUUGCAAGCGAUAUAUUGAUGGUCGCACCUACCAGCUGGCUGCUAUGACUUGCCUCUACCUGGGGAUCAAGCUUCAAUCCGAAACCGUUACAGACAACACUUACUCAAAACGACGACGUUUCCGACUCACCUCAUUUGUGGACCUGUCCCGUGGACUGUUCUGCACCCGAGAUAUAGCUGAUAUGGAACACGAAGUUCUGAAGACUUUAAGCUGGAAGGUGUGCACUCCAACGCCGAUGACAUUUGUCUCCUAUAUCCUAACGCUGACACCCGUAACUUCCGACGUUCUCGAAUCACACGACAGCUCAGCCCUUGUACUCCAUGUAGUUCAAGAACUCUCUCGAUACUUGACAGAGCUCGCCGUAUGUCUGGGAAGCGAGCUACCUCAAUAUCCUCCGUCGCAAGUGGCGUUAGCUUCAAUUUUGGUUUCAAUGGACCUGUUGACGUUGGAGGCCAUAUCUAUCCAUGUUCGCGAUUGUUUUGCAACCGCCGCCUUUGCUUUGUGCGAAUGCGACGGCGUCUGGGAGAGUAUCCAGUAUCUACGUCUUAAACUCCAGCAGUCUCUGUGGCCAGAAAUGCUGUUUGAUGCCUGUACAGACUUGGGUCAUCCCAUCUCGAUUGCACGAAACAACGGCUUAUUGGAUAUCGAUCAGGUAUAUCGUGUCCAAAAACAUGCAGCGGCCGCCCCCAACAUCCUUGCAGUAAGUCCUUUGCAGUCCCGGACCUUGAAAGAUCUUUCUGCGUACGAGGGAUCCCCCGUCAGCGUUGCUCUCUGA